UGAACAGCAACAACUCCACAAACCAGAGAUGGCAGAGUUAAUUUUAAAGUUUUUUUCUUUGCUUUUUCUGUCAUCAUUUCUCUUGAUUAUUUUGAAUUUAUUAGACAAUAGAAUAAAAAGUAUCAGCUGGUCAACCUUCAUAGAUGACAGUGAAUCGGAAGACUUUGUGAUUGAGAGGUACAGGACAUACUGGAAAAGAAAAUUAAAAUCAGGACCUCCACAUCCCGACUUUAGCAGAAGACUUGAAGCAAAAAUAGCCGAUUCAGCAAAAAACAACACAACACAAUACAUUGUAGCUGAGACCCCCAUGGCUCUCCUCUACAAAAAAGACUUCAAGAAGCUUCCUCAGUGGGAUUUUGAAGAUGUUUACAGUGAAGAUACUCAACAUAGACGACCAACAUGUGCCCCGUCUCUACGAAACUCUCAGGAUGAGAAAUUCAAGAAGGCUUUUCUUCCUAACAUACGUUUGUUUCUGCACAAAGACAACAUUAACAUGAGCGAGUGGAAUCGACUUUCACAUUUCAACAAUCCUUUUGGGUUUAUGGACUACAAAUAUGAUGAUGUGAUGGAUUCAGUGAAGCUGAUUCCAAAGCCAAAAGAGCCACUGCUUCUCCCAAAACCAGGUGGUGAUGGCUGUGUGCGCUGUGCUGUGGUGGGUACUGGACGAAUCCUGAACGGCUCAAAGAAGGGGGUGGAGAUUGAUGGCCAUGAUUACGUUUUUCGGAUCAAUGGUGCCGUCAGCAAGGGUUAUGAGGAGGAUUUAGGAAACAAAACAUCGGUGUACGUUCACACAGCCCACUCCAUCACUACAUCACUCAAGAAGUACGGGUAUAAAUCUGCCCCUCAUGAUGAGGGUAUAAAAUAUGUGAUGAUUCCUGAGGGGAUGAGGGAUUUCCAGUGGCUCAAGGGUCUUCUCAGAGGAGAAAAGGUCUCUGCUGGCCCAUACCGCAAUAAGCUGCCAAGGGACUACUAUUCAAGGCAGUACAACGAGAGUCAUUUCUACGUUCUGCACCAGGACUUCCUCCGAUAUGUGCGGAACAGGUUCUUACUGUCACCUAAUUUGAAUAAAACAUUCCAGGCUUUAGUCAGACCAACCAAUGGGGCAUUCACUCUCUUCUUGGCCCUGCACACCUGUGACACAGUGGAUGCAUAUGGAUUUACGACUGACGACUACAUAAAAUACCCUAGCUACUAUGUUGAGAAACACAUGAGCAAAGUCACGUUCUACCGCAACCAUGAUUAUAUUCUGGAGGAGAAUACAUGGAAAGACCUUCAUACCAGGGAAAUAAUGUGGCUGUAUCAAAGAACUGAGUCAAAGAAAGAGAAGGAAAAGCAACACUGACAUGAUCUUAUCAACAGUAAUUAUAUAUAGAGAUUUUUGUUUGUUAGACUUAAAAAUUUUACGUGCACUAAUAGCUAACAUGCAAACUAAACCAUCCAGAGCAAAGCUGAUUUGAUUAAUAUUACUCAUCUCGGGAAGUUACUGUUAUCUUAAAGUCCAUCUCUGUGGGAAAAUUUCCGCAAAAUAAAAUCAAGCAUUUGCCAUAGUGGCAAACACUACACAUGGUUUUACUCAUUAUGAUAUCUGUGUUUUUUUUCUCUCCAAGUCCAUUUGUGGCAUUAUCAAAAGCAAAAGACGACUGAGCAGUCAAGAGGCAAACUAAACCAAAGCUGAUUUGCCCCUGACAAUCACAUUACCUCAACCAUGUUUGACUGUUGAUAUGGUAUUCUUUUUAUGAAAUGCUGUGUUAGUUUUAUGCCAGAUGUAAUGUGAUUCAAACAUUCUUAAAAGUUCUGAUUUUCUCUCGUCAGUCCACAGAAUGUUUUUAUAAAAGUCUUGCGAAUUAUCAAGAUGUUUAUUGGGAAAUGUAAGAUGAAUUUUUGUGUUCUUUUUGGUCAGCAGUGGUUUUCUUGAUUCAGUAGGCAGUAAUCAGGCCUCAGUGUGGUUUGUGAUUUUAAACUCAGGUUUCCAAGGAAAUGUGGUUAAUCACAGUUAAUUCACAAGUUAACAAUCAGGGGCAAUUCCUUUUCACUUUUCACCACAUAGAUUUCAAUGUUUUUAUUUUCCUUUAAUAAAUGUAAAUUAACAACUACUAGAUUUCCUAGGGCUAUCUAUGCCUGACCUUACAUUUUAAUGAUCUGUAGUAAGGGUAACAAAUCUGCAAAAAAACUGUAAUCAGGAAAAAAACAUGGAAUGCAAUGACAGUAAAAUGAAUCUAUUUAUAAAUGUUCAUAAACGUUUUCCAAACAAAAUGUUUACUUUCAACUUCAGAAAAAAUAUAAAUGUUGUAAAGUAAUGAAAUAUAUUCAUGUUAUUUCGGAAUUUUUUGGACAUUGUGCAUGUAACAUUAUGUAUAAAACUACAAUAUGAAAGAAAUAAAGCUGACCUUUGUGUGAUG